AAAAAACGUCAAAUUGAAUUGAAUUUAUGUCAAAUUUUAAUCAUAACCUCAAGUAGAAUUUAUCAUUUUACUUUAAAAGGAAAACAUGAGAAGUAUUAAAUAAUUUAUUACAAAUAAUAGAAAAAUUGUGAAUUAAAAUGGCUCUCAGUCGAAUGCUGAAACUCUCAAAUUUCUGUUUAAAAGAAAACUUAUUAGUAACUCGAAGUCCAAUCAUAAAAAAUGUUAGACAUUUUAGAAAAAGCAAAAGAGUCGAAGAGCCUAGAAUUAAUCCAGACAGUUUAGCAACGCCAUUCACCAAUUCAGCCGUCAACUCGAAUAACUUGAAUUCAGUGAGACUGUUGAGGCCUUUUUUAUUUACAGUAGCAUUUUCAGGAACAUGCUUUUUAUCGGCAAUAGUUUGGGAGUACGAAAACAUGAGAUCACAUGCCAAGAACAUGAUCAGAAAACCCAUGAAAUUUUUCAGGAAAAAGGUUGAUGAUACAUUUCAUUCUUCGAACAAUGUCGUAAAAGAAGUCAAAUCCUGGUGGUGGAAUCUCACUGAAGGAGAACGCAUAUUUGCGCCGAUUUGUGCUUUAAACGUACUUGUUUUCUUAGCAUGGAGGGUUCCUAGAUUUCAACCCACCAUGUUGAAAUAUUUUUGUUCUAAUCCAGCUAGUCCGAACGUAUUUCUUCCUAUGGUCCUAUCAACAUUUAGUCAUUACUCAGGUUUACAUCUUCUAGCGAAUAUGUAUGUUCUCCACAGUUUCAGCACAGGCGCUGUUCAGAGUUUAGGCAAAGAGCAAUUUUUAGCAAUGUAUUUGAGUGCUGGUGUUAUAUCUAGUUUUACGAGCUACACAUAUAAAAUCAUUACCAAACAACCAGGUCUAUCUCUAGGAGCCUCUGGAGCCAUAAUGGCUAUUUUAGGAUAUGUUUGUACGCAGUAUCCAGACACGAGGUUAGGCAUUAUUUUGUUGCCAGUAGUUACGUUUUCUGCAGGCUCUGCAAUUAAAUUCAUAAUGGGAUUGGACACUGCAGGUGUCUUAUUAGGAUGGAAGUUCUUUGAUCACGCUGCCCAUUUAGGAGGUGCUGCUUUUGGAAUAUUUUGGGCAAUGUGGGGUCAAAAGAACCUCUGGCAAAAUAGGGAACCUGUCCUUCAAUAUUGGCAUCGACUGAGAGGCUCUAUAAAAUGAUAUUGUUUUUCUAGGAUUUUUGGAGCUUGUAUAUACAAACAUAAUUUUUUAUUGAUCUAUUCUGCUUAAACAUCAAUUUAAAAAAUAAAUUUUUGUUUAAG